GCUAUAAAUGGGUGCGCAGCGAAGGCAGCGGCGGCUCAUCGCUGCAAGGAUCGCGACUGCUGGGGCCGGCCGGGGGCGCGUGGCAUGCGUGGAUCGCGAGCGCCGGCGGGGCUGAGACUGCGGGGGCGCCGGAGCCAUGAAGACCAUCAUCGCUGCCUACUCUGGAGCCCUGCGAGCGAGGCGGUCCAGUGUGCUUUCGGCUCUCCAGGAUCUGUCCUGGCUCUCCAAGUCCAAAGUUGAGAAACAGCUGCAGAUCAUCUCAGUGUUCCAAUGGGUGCUGUCUUUCAUGGUCAUGGGUAAGUUAAAGUACGAGGCUGCCUUUUCCUUAAUUCUGCUCUCACCUCUGAGUGGCAGUGGGCAAUGCAACCAGAAGCCGGGGGAUUCUCUGCCCCCACUGAGGGCUUGGCAGCCCUUGAGUGGGCAUUGCCCCCGUGGCAGAAGAUCGCAGUGGGUUCGCAACUGGGCCAUGUGGCGGUAUUACCGGGACUACUUUCCCAUACGAGAGUUCGUAUCCAAGGGGAUAUUUUUGUUCCAGGAGUAUCUCCCCGACGGCCUCCCGAGCACAUCUGUUGCUCCCCCGGAGACCUUCCACCUGCUGCGGAUUCCAAGCGCUCUCCCAAACAUGUUGAUGCUAAAAACUGCAGGGCUGGGGGCAAAUGGUCAGCAGCGCAGCCGGAGAGGAAUUCGCAACAGCCGCCUCUUUCUUGUUCUGCGUAGCACGGAGCCCAACAUCAGUAGCCGAGCAACCAAAUGCAACCCGACCCUUUUGAAUUCUUCAUGCCAUGCAGAUCUUGUUCCUGUGUAUUCGUUUGGGGAGAACGAGAUCUACAAGCAGGUGGUGUUUGAGGAGGGGUCGUGGGGGAGAUGGGCCCAGAAGAAGUUCCAGAAGUACAUCGGCUUCGCCCCCUGCCUCUUCCAUGGACGAGCCGUGUUCUCCUCAAACACCUGGGGCUUCCUGCCCUAUUCCAAGCCUAUUAACACCGUAGUCGGGGAGCCGAUCACGAUUCCGAAAAUCGAAAACCCCAGCCAGAAGGAAAUAGACUUUUAUCACAGCCUCUACGUGAGCUCCCUGAGGAAACUCUUUGACAAGCACAAGACGAAAUUCGGCCUGCUGGAGACGGACGUCUUGGAAGUCAAUUGACAGCCGGACAGACAGACUCUGGCUUUAGCUGUCUCACAGGGGAGGGAGGGGGACGCCACUCGCUUGUUGCAAAUCUUCAUCAGAGCCACUUUUUUGUCCGAGUCAGAGUGGUUUGUGCCCUGGCCUGCAAAUUGGGAAGUGAGCUGAUGAUGAGGGUGAGGGUGAGAAGGAUAAAAACGAAACAAAAUUGUCUGGAACCUCCAGCGUUCGGCCCUUCUUGUAACUUUCGUUUUUUGUGACGGACACAUCUUGCUCCCUCCCUGUAUAUUUCCCCAUCAAACUUGGAAGAGGAAACGUGUGCAUUUGGAAAAUCUGCCGGAAAAGAUCCACGCGGCCACGCCCAGGAGGUAAUCGAAGCAACUGAGCCGAGAAGCAGAGCCGGAGGGCCACUGUCUCCUCCCCAAAUCAAAGCACUUGUUUUGAACCGACUCAGGGUUGCAAUCUGGCGGUCUAAAGAGGGACUUGAUACCAGGCAUUUUCAGUGGUAAUCUCUGGUAGCAGGUGAUUUGCUCCAGACCCUGGAGAACUGCUGCCAUUCAGAGUAGACGUGACUGAUUCUGGGGGGUCUAAAGCAGGUCUGUGAUCUGCCACCUAGAUUGGCCCCAGGUCUAGCUCUCCGUGGUAGGCGGAGAUGGUCGGAAUGAGAUGAACCUGGCCACUUCAGCAUCUUAAACACCCAACUUUGUCAGUGAAGGAUGAAAGGAAUUCAGGUGUUUUCAUAGCAGUAGGUGGAUAGCAUCUCAUGAGCACCCUGGUGUUUCCCAACACAUUUCAUGGAGCCAGACAGGUGCUUUUAGAAAGUCGGCGGGGCGAGGGCAAACUUCUGCCCAGCAGGGCUUCUGAUAGGCUCCGAAGGUUAAAAGGCAGCAUGUUGUUCCGCAGAGUCUCUGCCUCAAAUGUUGAAGAGUUGCUAUUAGAGUAAUAUGUUACCUUAAUCCCUGAUCUUUUGUGGUUGGCUCUGCCUCUGGUGGCAGCCAUUUUGUGGCCGGCCCACACACUGAAUCAGAAUUCCAAAGGUGCGAGCAGGCUGAAAAAGGCGUGGGACGCCUGGUUUACAUCAUCUUCUUAAUGCCCACAGCGGCAGGAAAAGAGUGAUGAUAGAAUUAACAUACAGGACCAGAACAGAGGGAGACAAAGAGCGAUGGGAAGGGACCCUGGCGGCUCUCAUUCCUCGCCUGAUUGCAGCCACAGGAAACCAUAACAAUCUCUGGCCUGUUGUCAUCGCAGGGGGUGAAAGAAGGUAUAUAAACCUCAUGAGGGCCAGGAGUAAGGCCAAAUUCAUGUCUGCGGCUGUGGAAGCCAGAAGCCGUGUUUCAUUCUGCAGGUACAUUCGGUCCCCUCUUGUUAGUGAAGUAUACCGCUGGGUGAGAACUGUCUUUCCAAACAUAGUUAUGUAGCAUAAGGGCUUUUCUGGUUGAGAAGAACCCUUCCCGGACGCACAAGCAAUGCAGAUUUGGAGGCUUGCUCCCCAAUUUUCGCGGCUUUCUUUGGCGCUCAUUUUGAAACAAGCCGGUCGGAAACAGUGGUGAUCUUGUGAACCCGUUGUUAAAAUGGUGCUUCUGUAAAACAACCAGCGUUGCUAAAAUUAUUGAAUCCUAAAAGCAAUCGAACGGGUUGUUAAAUUAUUUGAAUCCCACCACUGGUUGGAACUGAAGGCUUUUUUUUCUGUUCAUCAGCUUAAAAAAAAACAACAACCCAAACUCGACACAUUUGUCCCUUUGGCAAAUGGCUCCUGUCUUUGUGGGUGCUCUCAGAAGAAAUAGCCUGGAGUUUCUCCUGGAUGUCCUGCUUUAAAAAGCGCAGGUAUUUAAAGUUCAGUGAAAACAGCAGCCUAAGAGAAGGAACAAAGGUGAACCUACUACACCUAGGCAAAAGCAAAAAUACGAGAAUGCUAAAUAUGUUACGUUUAAUGUAAACACAAAACAAAAAUGUGUAUUCCACAUGCGCCCCCCAAAAAGUGCAUAAACAGGUGCAUUAAUCUAAUACAUCAAAAUUCCAUAACAGAAUCAUUGAUAAUUCCAUUGGUUUUAAGUCCAAAGAUUCUAUACGGUACUGAAAUAGCGUCCCAUAGAACGGGGUCCUCUUGUAAUUGCAGGCAGAUUCAAUUAUUAGUGACAUGAACAAUGAAGGCGGGGAAUUCCGGGUCGGAGACCUGUUUCGCCCUCAGUGUCAUGGGCUUGACUUAAUAGCAUGUGUAGUCUUGAGAAUCGGGCAUAAUAAUCAUGAAGGCCUUCUUAUGUUCCCAUUCAUGUAGGACUAUGCACCCACAAGUCAAAUAGAAAUACAGUAAUAG